AUGGUGUUGAAGUUGAACAAGGCUCUAUAUGGGUUAAAGCAGGCUCCAAGGGCAUGGAAUGCAAAACUUGAUUAUGAGUUGUGCAGACUUGGUUUCAGAAGAUGUGAAGAUGAGCAUGCUGUGUACAGAAGAAGGAAGGGUGACUCUUUCCUCAUAGCUGGUGUGUAUGUGGAUGACUUAAUCAUUUGCGGGCCUGACAAAACCAAAAUUAUCAAUUUCAAGCAACAGAUGAUGAAGCUUUUCAGUAUGAGCGACUUGGGCCUACUGAGUUACUACCUUGGUAUUGAAGUGCAACAGAAAAAUGGUGAAAUCACUAUAUGCCAAAGUGCUUAUGCAACCAAGAUAGUUCAUCAGUGUGGUCUGUCGAGAUGCAAUCCAACUAACACACCAAUGGAACUGCGUGUAAGGCUUGUUUCAGGAACUGCAGACAAAGUGCUUGAUGGAACCAGGUACAGGAGUGUGAUAGGAAGCUUGAGGUACUUGGUUAACACAAAACCAGACAUUGCUUUUGUAGUAGGGCUGGUAAGCAGGUUCAUGGAGUCACCAAAUAGUGAGCAUUGGGCUGUGGUCAAGAGAAUUGUCAGAUAUGUGUCAGGGACAAUUGACUAUGGCUGCAAAUUCACCAAAGAGGUCGAAGGUGGUCUGAACUUAUUGGGAUACAGAGACAGUGACCAUGGUGGUGAUCUGAUCAAGAGAAGGAGCACAAAUGGCUUGACUUUCUUCCUUGGUAGAAAUUUGGUGACAUGGUCUUCACAGAAGCAAAAGGUUGUCACAUUGUCAACCUGUGAAGCCGAGUAUGUAGCUGCUUGUGGGGGUGCUUGUCAGGGAGUUUGGCUCAACAGGCUGAUUGCUGAUUUGAUGGGAAGAGAGGUGCAGAAGUUCAGGCUUCUUGUGGAUAACAAAUCGGCCAUUGAGUUAAGCAAGAACCUGAGAACCAAGAACCAACUUGCUGACAUACUGACAAAGGCACUGCCCAGGAUCAGGUUUGUGGAGCUGCAACAGAGACUUGGCAUCAUAAGUUAG